AUGCCACCCAAGCGCAAGAAUAAAGCGGCCAAGACGGUAUCUAUCCUGCCUCUCAAGACACCACCCGGGAACAGAGUUAGCGCCGUCUCUAAUAAGCGAAGGGCUUCGCAUAGUCUUCAAGGAUCGAAGAUGUCGCGCUUGACACCUUCAGUACCAUUCCAAAUGACAACACGCCGCGGUGCAAAGACGACGUCUAACCUUACGAGCCCCGCUGGUCCAUCUAGCGCAAGCUCGGGCAGUCGUCGCAGCUCUUUGGAUGACAUUGCGCAGUACGAGAAUGCGCCUUCCGACCUUGAGGAUGAGCGGCCAGCCAAGCGCAGCCGAACAUCGACCGAUUCUGGUUCGCCGCAAAUAUCUAACGGCUCGUUCGACAACAACACUCCCAUGAAUGGAACGCAAACCCCAGAGCUGCAGAGACCCGCACCUGGUGCUACUUUGACGGCGCCAAAGACUGCCGGAAGGAAGAGGCGCGCAUCAGACGACUCCACGCAGUCGAGCAAAACAUCCGGGCCUCGCCAAAACGGUCUUUUAACCCGUACCCAAAGCGACAUCUCCGAACAACAACCGCGCAAGAAAAGGCGCAAAACAACAGAAAUCCCCCCGGACACCGCCGACCAGCCUCCAGAAUUGACUGAUGCUAGCACCGCCCCCAAUUCCCCUGAACAGAUUCCAGAUGUCGAUGGCAGUCAAAGCCUUCAAAACGUGCUGCCAACCAAUGGCGACGCCCCUGCAAAGUCCGGCAGGCGACUGCCCGGCCGUCGACGCCAACCACAUCCGGACAUCAACAUUGAGACGGAUCUGCGCCGACAACUCAAUCUCAAGAUGAGCUAUCGCAGUCUUGCAAAAGUUCAAAAAACUUUACUGGAAGAAUUGUCAAAUCGCACUACCAACAACUUGGAGGCAAGUUCAAACUACCAUGCACAAUGUCCAGAGUACAAACCACUCAUGGCCGCAUUGGACCAGCGUCGCGACAGUCGCCUUGAUGAGGUCAACGCGAUGCGCACCUAUAGACUUGAACAAUUGGAUCGAGUGCGCGUUGCUGAAGAACGUAUUCAAAGGGAGCAGUAUAUUAAUCGAUUCCAAGAAUUGCAAGAUGAUUUCUUGCUGCAAUGUUACUUCCGUAUGAAGCAGAUUGAGCGAGAGAGAAAAGCACGCGAAGCAGAUGCUACAGAUGAUGAGGACAAUGUCAUUCCUCCUACUUAUGGCGAUGAGUUAAAUCAUGAUGUGGAUGAUCGCGUUGGCUCGAAAUUCGCUUCUCGUAGUAGAGCUUACGUUGAGGCCGUCAAGGAACUCGAGAACGAUUCCAGAAGAAGACGAUUCGAUCAAGCAAGGGCUGCUUUCGUUGAGAAAGACGAUGAUGCAGACGACUCGAUCGAAGAAGCCUCGGGUGGCUUUGCCAAUUUCACUGGACCAAACCGUGCGGAAGCUAUUGCACAUCACAACAUCGGUAGCCUUGUUGAUGCUGCGCUCGAGGUCGAGAGGACGCCGUCGCCGCCUCGACCAGAACCACCAACAAUCCAGAUCAUUCCGAAUGAGCAUGCCUCCUUCCUCAUGGCCCUUGCAGACAUGUCUGCACUACAACCCCGUACAAAUCGCAUGCUGGGACAGCAAGACCACAACUACCAGAGCCAACAUCUGCCUGGACGAGACAUUACACCUGUCAUCAAGCAAGAGCUUGGUAGACAAAUGUCGCCGGUAUUGCCUCCGCCAGAAAGCUCAUCGAUUAUGCCAUUUCAAGUUGCUCGUAGCAGCCCCAUCACGGCGUCUCAACCAGCUGUCGGCGGUACCCAGGAAAUACCUCUCACAGAAUCUAACGGGAUCAACUCUACAAAAGAGGCCGAAGCUCCGAAGAACGUGGCUCCAGUGCGGGUGUCCACGCACAGAAUUAUGGAUAUUCUGAAUGACGAUCAAGAGGUACCUGUUUCAAGAUUGAGAGAGUCUCAACCCGCGGCGCAGGAGCCUUCUACUCCAUCGAGGCGAGAAGCUGUCAAUCAGCACAACACGCCGUCCCAAAGCGGCGCCCAUCGGCUGGAUGCUAUGGUUGACAGACAAGAGCCACCUGUUGACCAAGCACUAAUGGACGCCCUCGGCGAACCAUCGCAAGCACCUAGUAAUCCUCCGCCAUCACCACCACCACCACCAAACACUCGAUCUUGGCCAAGGUCGAGUAUUGGUCCCUCAACUGAAUCUGAGGAUGCGCUGCGUCGGCGAGAUCCUCUACGGAAACUUAGGGAACUGUUGGAUAGAAAAGCACGUGAGCAUGGUAGAGAACCUCCAGACCGCUCUCAACCCGACUAUUACCAGCGCCCAGAGUAUGGCCGUUAUUUGAGCUCUAUACCUGGUACUCAGCAACGAAAGGAUACAACCGGAUACGAUCCAAACAGACCAUCUGCCGGGUUGUAUAGUGCAUCUCCUAGCACUACCCCAGCGUAUCCGGAGGCCGCUCGUCGUGGAUCCCUGGAUCAAGGGGCUCCGCGAUGGGAACAUGAUAGGCGCAUGAGCGGGUCGCAAGCACCUCAGCAACCAACAGCCUCUCCAUAUCAAGAGAAUGCCCCCCAACCCUACCAAGGGGAGCACAACAAUCCAGCCCCGACUCCACCUACGCAUCAAAGCCCGUACGCACAAUCGGGGUCACUGCCACUCCCACCCAAGCCGCCUGGACCCCCUCCUUCUGGACCCAUCAAUUUUCGCUUUGCGCAUUACGAUCCUGCCCCACCUAGGCAAUCGUAUCCACCGCCAUCAUCGAGCUACCCAGCAGGCUCCCAUGCACCUCUCGGCCCUCCGCCACCGCAGUACAGUACCCCCUACGGUGGUGGUGGUACACCAGCUUAUCAGGGUGGCUACAUUCCACCUCCAGGCUCUUUCCAAGCACCACCUCCUCCACAAUCAAGUAUGCCACCUUACCCACCUUUAAAGAUACACCAGUACGGUGGCCAACCUAUUCUUCCAGCAAAUAUGGCGCCGCCGCCCCCGCAGUCUGGACCACCAAUGACGUACGCUGGCCAACCUGCGCAACCCCCAGCUUUCUCCCCAUCACACGCUCAGCCACCUCCAGGGCCGCACUACGAGCAGCGAGAAGGUCCUGAACGGCCACCCGAACCUCAGACUCGACCGCGAAGACAGUAUAGAAGCUACCAUGCACCUGGUACUCAGUUUAGGAGUUAUCAAGGUCCUGGGCGGAGAGGGGGUUAA